UGUCUUCAAAUCGAAAAGCACAGGAACAUUCAAAGUUUUUCUCUCAAUGACGCCCGACAUCGUAGUAACCUUUGCAAUCGUUUAGUACGCGCGAUUAGUUUGCGAAACUCGUUCGAUCCAAAUUGGUAGCCCAAAAUUGUUACAAAAUGUCAAGAUUAUUGGGCGAUACGGCGAUCGCUGCUGCCCAGACCACCGUGGUGAGACUGAACCGCGUCCCGAGACCGCUAAGCAGCAAAGGGUACUGCCUACGACCGGCGCCCCCGCCCGAGAAGAAGUGGCUCUACAAGCAGGUGCUCGAAAGCGUCCAAUCUGGAAUAUCUCCCCAGCUGAACCUGGCCAACUCAACGCUUGGCCGGGCGACGUCCCAAGCCUGGGUACAGCUGAACGUUGCCACUCAGCGAGCGCAACUCAUGGCCAAUGAAUAUCACCUGAAGCAGAGGCUGGGAUACGUGAUGAAACAAGUGGCAUGCUGUGUGGUUGCGGUGAAAGAUUUCUUCGCACAGAAACAGUACUACCAGCUGGAUCGGAUCAUUGAUAAGGGACUGUUGGCUUUGGAGGAAACGAUCAGAGCAUCUCGCGAGAGUCAGUCAUUACCUGAACCGGCGAAACCGGCUUCCGGCACGGGCGCAAAGGCUUCUAUGAAAAACUGCACGAUGGUAAUGCUCAAGCGGGGUCCCUGCGCGGGCGAUUCGAAAGAUGUGAAAAAGUCGAGUUAGAUGUAAAAUCUGCU